AGGAGCCGCGUCUGUCUCUCUGCACUCGCUGAAGCGCACAGCCGCACGCGCUGCCGGGGACGGCACAGCUGGAUUAGCUUUAUUUCUUUCUCUCUCUCUUUUUUUUCCACAUUAAAAAACAAAUAAUAAAGACAGUUAGAAAUCUGGGAGCUAAUGCAUUUAUGCAUCGUUGAACUUGACUCUCUCGUGCUGGGAUGAAAUAUGGACUGUCUCUGCGCGUCUGUGCAAAACAGGUGCUUCUAAAUAUGAUCUCCUGCUUCAAGCUUGUGAUGCAUGGAUUUUUUCCUUAAUUGUUGUUGUUUUUUUUUCCCCCAAGUGUUAAUUUUUUUUUGGGGUGGGGGGGGUGAAGAGUUUUCCGGACCUGCUGCUCAUAAAUAGCACUGGAGGGUUUUAAUGUCGGAGCUCAUGCGAAUAAAGAGGAUUUUUGCACUCACUAUGCACGACCUCAAGAGUCACUAACACACACUCAUACGCGCGCGCGCACGCAUGUACCAGGGUUCAUGCUCGACUGCUCCAUAUCGAAGACAUGGUUUCACUGAACGCAUGGCUCUGACCACAUUGCAAUGAGGAUAACUAUUUGAAAUAAAGCAGAGGGAAGACAUUUGAAGUGCUGUCAUGGAUUUAAAGGAUUUUUACCUAUUGGCAACCUUUGUUGCUUGCCUGUGGCUGGAUCCAGCCAUCGCCCAAGAGCUAAUUUACUCAAUCCGCGAGGAGCUGCAAGAGAACGUACUUAUUGGAAAUAUACCAAAGGAUUUGAACAUCUCCCAUAUGAACGCUGCCAGCAACAAUCUGGUUUACCGUCUGGUCUCGAAAGCCGGAGACAACCCAUUACUGAGAGUAAUGGGCAACACAGGAGAGAUUUUUACCACCUCGAACCGUAUUGACCGUGAAAAACUCUGUCCUGGACCGUCGUUCGAGGAUGCCGAGUGCUCGUUUGAAAUCGAAGUGGUCAUCCUGCCAAACGACUACUUCAGAUUAAUCAAAAUCAAGAUCAUUGUGAAGGACACCAAUGACAAUGCUCCCAUGUUUCCUUCCCCUGUGAUUAACAUUUCCAUCCCUGAAAACACUCUCAUCAACAGCCGCUUUGCCAUUCCCUCCGCUACUGAUCCUGACAUGGGACCCAACAGCGUCCACAAAUACGAACUUGUGAACGGACAGAGCACUUUUGGCUUGGAUAUUGUUGAGACACAGGAAGGAGAAAAAUGGCCACAGCUGAUCGUCCAACAGAAUCUGGACCGGGAGCAAAAAGACACCUAUGUGAUGAAAAUCAAAGUGGAGGAUGGUGGGAAUCCACAGAAGUCCAGCACCGCCAUUCUUCAGGUGACGGUGACUGAUGUCAAUGACAAUCGUCCAGUGUUCAAAGAAAGUCAGAUAGAAGUUCACAUUCCUGAAAGCUCUCCAGUCGGGACUUCUGUCGUACAGCUGCAGGCUACGGAUGCAGACGUUGGGUCCAACGCAGAAAUCAAAUAUAUGUUUGGUACCCAAGUAUCUCCAUCCACGAGGAGACUCUUUGCACUAAAUGCUACGACUGGACUAAUAACGGUACAGAGACCGCUCGAUAGGGAAGAGACUGCAAUUCAUAAGCUGUCAGUUUUAGCAAGUGAUGGAAGCUCCAGUCCAGCAAGAGCAACCGUAACGAUCAAUGUGACUGAUGUGAAUGAUAAUGCUCCAAAUAUAGACCUGAGAUACAUUAUCAGUCCUACUAAUGGCACCGUAAUGCUGUCUGAAAAAGACCCCAUUAACACUAAAAUAGCUCUUAUCACCGUCUCCGAUAAGGACACUGAUGUCAAUGGCAAGGUCAUCUGCUUUAUUGAAAAGGAUGUGCCGUUUCACCUCAAGGCGGUCUACGACAACCAAUAUUUGUUGGAAACCUCAGCUCUGUUGGAUUACGAGGGGACCAAGGAGUACAUUUUCAAAAUUGUGGCUUCUGACUCCGGAAAGCCUAGUCUGAACCAAACCGCACUGGUUAAAGUCAAGCUGGAGGAUGAGAAUGAUAAUCCACCCAUUUUUAGCCAGCCAGUUAUCGAACUGUCGGUCAUGGAAAAUAACCAGCGUGACCUUUUCCUCACAACCAUUAGUGCUACAGAUGAAGACAGUGGGAGGAAUGCAGAAAUUGUCUACCAGCUCGGACCCAAUGCCUCCUUUUUUGAUUUGGACCGCAAAACCGGGGUGCUGACGGCCUCAAGGGUGUUUGACAGAGAAGAUCAAGAUAGGUUUCUCUUUACCGUCACAGCAAGAGAUAAUGGCACCCGGGCGUUGCAGAGCCAGGCGGCUGUGAUAGUUACCAUUUUAGAUGAAAAUGACAACAGCCCCAAGUUCACACACAAUCACUUCCAGUUCUUUGUGUCUGAGAACCUGCCUAAGUAUAGUACUGUAGGAGUGAUUACAGUCACAGAUGCAGAUGCAGGUGAAAAUGCAGAGGUGUCUCUCUCCAUACUCAAUGACAACGAGAACUUUAUCCUCGACCCCUUUUCGGGAGUUAUAAAAUCAAAUGUUUCCUUUGACAGAGAGCAGCAAAGUUCUUACACCUUUGAUGUAAGGGCUGUCGAUGGUGGUCGUCCUCCAUGUUCGUCGGUUGCCAAAGUAACCAUCAACGUCAUUGAUGUCAAUGACAACCCACCCAUUGUCAUCUACCCUCCAUCAAACACUUCCUUCAAGCUGGUACCACUUUCUGCCAUUCCGGGAUCUGUAGUCGCCGAGGUCUUUGCUGUGGAUGGAGAUACAGGAAUGAAUGCUGAAUUGAAAUACACCAUCAUUAGUGGUAACGGCAGAGGACUUUUCAGGAUUGAUCCUGUUACGGGAAACAUUACUUUAGAGGAGAAACCCACGGUUGCGGAUAUUGGCCUCCAUCGUCUGGUGGUCAACAUUAGUGACCUUGGCUAUCCAAAGUCUCUGCACACACUAGUUCUUGUUUUCCUUUACAUCAAUGACACGGUAGGAAACUCGUCUUUUAUCUACGACCUCAUCCGGCGCACGAUGGAGACGCCUCUGGAUAGGAAUAUCGGUGACACUAGCGAAACGUAUCAGAACGUCGACAAUCUGAAAACCAUCAUUGCUAUCGUCACAGGUGCUAUGGUGGUAAUCGUGGUGAUAUUCAUUACCGUUCUGGUCCGCUGCCGUCACAUUUCGCAGUUCAAAGCAGCUCAAAGGAAGAAACAAGGUGCUGAGUGGAUGUCACCCAACCAGGAGAACAAGCAGAACAAGAAGAAAAAGCGCAAGAAAAGGAAGUCGCCCAAAAGCUCCCUGCUUAACUUUGUUAGCAUUGAGGAGAACAAACCUGAUGAUCCAGCUCACGAACCCAUCAAUGGCACCAUCAGCAUCCCAGCUGAGCUUGAGGAGCCAGGGAUUGGACGUUUUGACUGGAACACAACACCAACCACCACCUUCAAGCCUAGUAGCCCUGAUUUAGCCAGGCACUACAAGUCGGCCUCACCCCAGUCGGCUUUCCACGUCAAGGCUGACACUCCAGUUUCGGUGAAAAAGCAUCAUGUCGUUCAGGAGCUGCCACUUGACAACACUUUCGUCGGGGGAUGUGACACUCUUUCCAAACGCUCGUCCACUAGCUCGGAUCACUUCAGUGCCUCAGAGUGCAGCUCCCAAGGAGGCUUCAAGACAAAAGGAGGGACCUUACACAACAGACAGGGGACUCUAACACGUGCUCGGACUGAACUGAACCCUGAUUAUCUGGACCUGCGCUCUAGAACUGACCUGAACCCUGAAUACUGGACCCCGUGCACACCACUGUCUCAGCGGCGUGUGACCUUUCACCUUCCAGACGGCUCUCAGGAGAGCUGUAGUGACAGCGGUUUGGGUGAGCCCGAGUCUGUUGGGGGUGGGGCUUUGCUUUCUAAGCCCCUCCCACUUGCACAGGAGGAGUUCUAUGAACAAGAUAAAAGAACCGAGGCAGAUGGCAACUCUGAUCCGAACUCGGAUGGACUUUUAGGGCCUAGGGGUCUAAUGGAAGCAACAGAGAUGUGUACACAAGAGUGUCUAGUACUCGGCCACUCGGAUAACUGCUGGAUGCCGCCUAAAUCGCCCGCUUCGUCCUACGGAGGUGGCCAGAAUGAGUGGACGAAAGACAAACUGCUGAAUGGUCACACGCUAAACCGUGGCUGGAAGAGCAGCCACGAGCACUUCGGAGACAGGAAAUCCUUCAGCGUAGGAGGAGUUGGAGUCAGCAGUCACAUAACCGACAUCCCAUUGGCCAGUUUGAAAUCCUAUCAGGCCUCUUCUGGCACUGAAAACCCAAAGGAGCAGCAGCUUUAAGAGCAUUUACUCCGUAACUGCUAUUUUCCAUCCAUCCAUCCAUUUUCUAUACCGCUUAACUGCUAUUUUAUUUCUCUUAAAAAAAAAAAAAAAAAAAAAAGAUUAUUUUCUUUCACAUUUCCUCAUUUUCUGUCCUUUUAUUAGAUGGAUGCUAAUGCUGUGUGGUAGUGAGACGUACAGAUUAGACAAAAAGUGCUUAUUUACAGUUACUAUGCGAAAUCAAACUUUGCACGGAGAUGUCUCAAGACUUUUGUUCUGAAGAUAUUAAAACAAUGUCUGGAAUUUAAUGCAAAUUGUCAUAUACAAAAGGGAAAAAAAAGAAAAAAAAAACGAAAAAAAAAACGUGUAUCAUCUUAGGAUGGAGACUGCGAAUGUUCAUGAGAGAGACAAAUGACGUGGGACUUUUGCUGUGUAUACCAGUUUUAAAAACAAUAAUAUGGCUGACCAAUAUACAGUAAACCAAUAUUGUGACGUGGUUGUUUAUUGAGCUGUUUUUGGGACUUUAUUAAUCUAAAACAUUGAAGAAAAAUGGAGAAAGCAUCGUGCUAAUACACUGUUAGUGGAAACCUCGUUUUAGUCUCGUCAUUGGUGGCGUGUCUGUAAAUAUAAAUUAAUACUAACCAAUUUUAUGUACUUGUAAUACUCACAUGGGUUAGAUUAACGACCAUGGCAGUUGUCAUUUAUUAUUUAUUGGAAAUCGAUCCCGGAAUUCCACUUGAUGUUUUUAAUGUGCCCUCAUUAACUUCCCCUCAUGCUGUGAGAAUAAUGCAGCUAACUAGCUAAUGGACUCAAGUAACAAUUCCCAACUAGCUGUUAUGUACGGGUAGAGGAGUGGGGAGAAAUAAAACCCAAGCCGAACACCUACUACCUUUAAUCUUGCUGGAAAGGGAGAUUCAGGCAAGGGGAAGAUGAUGGGGCAAUUAAAACAGAAUUGGAACACAGCAAAGGGGUUGGUUUUAGUUUUUUAGGUGGGAAAUAUGCACUUAUUUAUUUCCUGUUUGUGUCUGUAUAGAAUGAUGACUGUAAAUUUCACACACACACACACACACACACACACACACACACACACACACACACACACACACACACACACACACACACAUACACACACACACACACACACUCUUCCUCCCACUAUCUAUACAAAAACAAAACAAUCUGUAUGUAUAAAUAAACCCACAUGACGUGACUCAUACUAUUUCACAAUUUGCAUUUACUUAACAAACAUAUUUUUUCAAAACUAUUUUCUAUUAUAAUGUUAUUGUAAUCACUCAGUUUAUACUUACAGAAGUGAAGAAAAAAAACAACAACUUGAUGUCUUAAAAAGAAAACAACACAAUGUUACAAUUCAACAGCAAUAUAUUUGUAAAUGUUUUAUUUCAAUAUUGGUCACUAUUGUAAUGCUAAAUUUAAACUGUGCUUAAAAUCCAAAAUAGAACAUACAACCUCUAAAAUUAUGCUUUUUUUUUUCUUACAUCCCUUCUUAUAUAUGAAUGUUAUUUUCAACCUGCAGAAUUGUGUGUAUUUUUGGGUUUCAUGUGCUGUGCCUUCGUUAAAAAAAUAAAUAAAAAUAAAUAAAAAAUGUCAAAAUGUAGUUUUAAAAAUCUGACAAAUGCUAAAGAAUUUAGAUAAAAAUUGACAAAAUGUUUUCUCCAUAUCCAGAAAAAUUCAAACUGAACAGAUGGCAAAGAUGGACAAUAACUGCAUACAUUAAGAAGCAUGUUCAGAACAUUUAAGUAUUGCUUUCUUUUCCUUUUUUUUAUUUUAAUGUUUAACUUCUUUUUUGUAAGGCAUGAACAGCACGUGAAAUGAGAAACAGCUUUAAUGAGACUAAAUUAUUUCUCAUGGUGUUUUUUUUUUCUUUCUAAGUUUAGUUUAGUUUAUUUGUAGCGUGUUAAUUUUGUACACACUGAAUGUCGUGUUCAUUUUGUACAGCACUUCCAUAUUUUAUGUCCCAAUAUGAAAACAUAAAAACAGAAGAAAAAAAGAGCAAGGGGAGCAAGGGGAUGUGGGUGUAUAUUGCUUUGGGCCAGUGUGUUUGGUUAGGGGAUGUGUGACAUUAUAUUGCUAUUAUUCUAUUACUGCGUGUUGCCGCUCUACACGUAUACAGCUACUGCAAUAAAUGGGUUAAAUUAGUGCAUG